AUGGAUGAUCUGGUGACCGCUUUGUUGCUGAAAGAAACAACAGAGAAAGAUACCAUUAAGUUUGUUGAUUUUAUGAAGAAGCUCACAUUUAAAGUUGCUUGUGACAUUCUUUUUGGUAUCCAUGACGAGGCAACACAAGAGGCCUUCAUGGAUGAUUUUCAUCUCGUUUUUAAGGCACUUGGCUCUAUUUAUUUAAAGUAUCCAGGCCCAGGGUCUCCUUACUCCAUGGGCUUGCAAGCCAAAGCAAGGAUUUCUCAUCGGUUUCUGCCGAUUCUGAGGCAGAGAAAGGAGGAGCUUUCCACAGGUGUUUUGAGUCCAACAAACGACGUAUUGUCAAGUCUACUGGCAUCGAGAGAUGAAAAUAAAGAACCCAUUCCAGAAGAAGUGGUUGUCGAUAAUUGUACGUUCCUAAUCAUAGCAAGUCAUGAUUCAACAGCUAUUCUUUUGAGUUUGAUGGUAUGGAAGCCAUCUAGCGAUAAGCAAUUUUACUCCAAAGUUUUAAAAGUGGGUUUGUCAGCCACUUCACCGGUGGGUUUGUUGACACGAAUACUGAAAUUGUAUUUUAAUGGAGAGAAGAGUGAACAAUGCCUCUUUUCUUCUAACGAGCGGCAGAAGAAGAAUGGAGAGUGA